AUUUACACAUGUUUCCAGACACGCGUGGAAUGUCACAUGAAGGGCAUAGACAUGCAGAUGAUCAUAUUCAAAAUGAUUCCUGGCAUUAAAAAAUAAAUAAAUCAGAAUUGAUGUGAUUGCAACAUGCUCACAUUAAAGACACUGACAUUUGACUAAUGACCAACUAACUGAUCUGGGGUAUUAUGGCCUCUGAUCCCAGUACUUCAGCUGCAGCCACCCAUAGAUAUACUCAGAAUGUACACUCCACAGUGGGUCCCCUAAAACAAAUACCUGGCAGUUCAGCCCAUGAAGAUCAUUCACCACAAACUCUAUACCCAGUGGAAGAGAGAAAUGACUUGGAUCCUCCAAUAAAAGAAGAACUACGAGAGGAUGGAGGGUGGGGAGAGCAGAACAUAAAAGUCCAUAAAUCAAGACCUCAUGACCGCCAGGAGUUGUUUGAAGAUACAGCUGACUUUCAAGAUGGAGUAAAGAGAUUGAUAAGAGAUUCUCCAAGAUGUGAAGCUGUAACUGAAUGCUGCUGUUCCCCCAGUUCAGACUCUGCAGACACCGAAGAGGAAGUGGAAAUCACCUACACCUCAGAGUCCAUCCUGCUGAAGAUUAGCAGUUCUUCUUCAUGUGAUGAAAGUCCUUUGCAAUGUGCUCAGAAACUGUACUCAUCUGAAGGAAGUGACCCCGUAUCUUUACCAGACGAAGAGGGCAGCAACUCAGAUUCUCCAAAACAAGAGGAAAUAAUACAGUCGGAAGCAAACAUAACCUCCAAUGUAAGAGCCCUGGAACCACAGUUUCAUUUUGAUGGCUCAAGGUUCAGUUAUGAGUAUCUUCCCCCGAGCAAUGAGAUGAUUGAUGCUGUAAACAAUAUGAGGUGUCCAGAUGAAUUAACACGAUGGGCGCGACAGUAUCUCAGCAACCUAGAGCCUUACAACAUAGUUCCAGUGAAGAGAAAGAAACUGGAAUGAGUUUUGAGAAUGACAGUGAGGACUGUUUUGGCUUGCGGUAGGCAGGCAAACUCAUAUAAAUGGCAGGAAUAGUAUUAUUGGUGAAUGUUUAGUGCAGAUUAUUUAUUUACAUUACUUGUUUACAUUAGCUAUGGUACGUAGCCCCAAGAGGUUCGGAUCAAGAUAUAACUUUUUAAAAGUGAGUCUUCUUCAGAAUAAUCAGGGCACUGGGUUUAAUGCAAAUGAUUGUCUGGUGCUAGAAGCUGUGGUGCACAUCCUGAAGAUGAAAACUCACUGAUCGCAGUUUACUCCAGCAAAGUGCAAUUUAUGCUAAUAGAGUCUAUGUUUACAUAAAGUUGAGACAUAUGGGAUUGUGCAAUGAACACACACAGUUGCUGAGUUUUAUUUAUGAAAAAGAUGAGGACUUUUCAGAGGAUUCCAUGUUGUUAUGUAAACCAAGACCACCCUUCUUAUCAGAGGUCAAAGCAUCAAGCAUGGUUUCUUGUGUUUUGUUGUCCUACCUUCUAAGUAGGCUUGAAAAAGCACACUAACUACUCCCAAAUUCCAGGGUAGUGAGUAAGCCAAAACCUUUCAGUUUUGUUAACAAAUCUAACCCAUGUAAACAUAAGACAGGUGAAAUUUACACUUUCUUUUAUACAUUGGUAUAUUUUUUGAUUGCACAAUGCUGCACCUUCUUAUUGUCUGAUAGACAUCUUGGGACUUUAUUUGUUUUGGAGGAAGAAAGACGUUGCUGCAGCUGGAUGGUGUUACAUAUAUGGGAAUUAUAGAAAAGACAAUUAGGAACUGUGUAUUGCAUUAAGGGGGGGGUCACUAAUAUGCCUUAUCUUAAGGAGAGACACUUACUUUAUAAUUGCUCAGUAAAAUAAGCUGAUGAUUUCUCUCCAUGCUGGUGAGUUUUUGAGAAUCGGGCCCUUAGUGCAAGGAAUUAUGGUCUAUGAUUACUGUCUUAGGACUGAAACCAGUCAGACCAGUGUUCAUCACCCUUUUAUCCCUAGCCUUUUUUUACACUUGAUUUUUUAUUAUUUAUUUGUAUUUUUAAAUGGAUACUUAAUGAAGAUACAGUUGUGUGGACUUUUAAAGAUAUGUUCUCUGAGAAGCUUCAGAUCAUGUGCACGUGUAUACAUCUUAACAAGUGCAUUUACAUUUAAAUAAAUCUUAUUUUCCUUGUCA